AUGUAUGAGGAGAGAAUGCGCAUACAAAAGGCGGGUGGUACAGUCAGAGAUGGACGUGUCAAUGUAAUAAUUGAAGUGACUUGUGUACCCGAUAUGAAGAAACUUACCAUCACAGAGAGAGACAGAACCUUAGGUCCGCCCCUGAUACAAGCACCGAAAACUGUGACUUUUGAUACAAAAGUGCAAAAUCACUUCAAACGAUUCCGCAUGGCAUCGACGAAAAUCGCCGGUCUUAUUUCGUAA